GGUAAAAACCCCCUUGGUUUUAGUUAAUUUAAACCACGCCCACCGGAUACACGUAGAGUUUCCCCGGGAAAGCUCGGUUUCUACGGUAGUUCACUGAAGUUGCUCAAGUGUCGAUAAACAAUGGAAAAAAUAACAGAGAAGCUUUUACUGGAGAAAGGAUCUCCAAAAACCAACAAACUGGAGCAAAUCAAGACACUGACUCUAUCCAAACUGGGCCUGAAGCACCAGGACCUGCCAGUCAAGCUGCUGUCCCGUCUCCAGUCCCUGGAGCGAUGGGAUCUGUCUGGAAACAGACUACAGGAGUUGCCAAAGAAACUAGGGCUGCCUGCGCUUCGCUACCUGGACCUCAGCGACAAUCAGAUAGAAGAUGUUACCACUCUGGAGUCUCUGAGCAGUCUGGAAGAACUCAAGCUGGAGGACAACGUUUAUAUCACUGUGAGUGACAAUUAUAAGCUGAUGGCGUUGUUGCCCAAACUGAGGAUAUACAACGGUAAAGACAUCAGUACGACUGCCAACCACGUACGCUUCGUCUACACUGAGAACCUGAUGACCAGAAUAAGUGCAGUUUGGGAGAAGAGCUUCUCUCUCCCUGAUCCCAUCACCACAGAGAAAAUGUCCGCCUUGGAGACAAGCUUUGUCGACACUGCUCGUAUUCAGGUUAAAUUUGGGCCCAAUUCAGUCAGUGACUUCACUAGAUGGAGGGUGGAGAUUUUGGCUAAGGAGUAUUUGCGCUCUCUGACAGAACCACAGGAAGAACCGGACAGCAAGGAGGCUAAUGAAACUAAGGAGAACUGUGAUGUUUCGACGCCUACAAAGAGGAAACAAACUGCAUCAGCAGUCGACUUGAACAUUAGCCUGACACCUCGCAAGAAAUUACGCCCAGAUCUACCGGCCUCCCCCGUUCAAGACAGUCCCCGCAAAACCAGUCUCCGCCUCAGACCUCAGGCGCUAACCCAGACUGAACCCAUGAGGAUGAGUCCCCGCAAAACAGUUCAGCCACCCUCCACCCCCACCAGAGGACAGACGAGGGCAGAGACACCCAAGAGAGGCUCUAAAGUGAGACACGUUCAGGAAGAUGGAGCUCAGAUUAAACAGAGAGAAAGUGUUGGCAGGAAGGAGCUGCAGAGAGAUGUUGACAUGCUGGCCACACUAAAGAGCUGUGGCAGGACACAGCCCGUGCAUCUGAAGCCUCUCCAUGUCCUCCAGUGCCACAGUAAACAGGACAGCCCGGAGGACUUCUCCACCCAGCUGUGGGCCUGCGCCUUCCAGCCGCUGCCAGAUUCCACUGGUGCAGGUGGAGGAAGCCGCUUGGUUGCUACCUGUGGUGGAGACUCUCUGUGUGUGAUCGACUGUGAAACAGGGAUGGUGAUGAAGAAGUACAAAGUUCCUGGAGAGGAGUUCUUCUCGUUGGCCUGGUCCACAGUGUUGAUGUCCAGAGGUAAAGCUUCAGCUCAGCACUGCAGUAUUCUGGCUGCUGGUGGGAAAAGAGGACUGGUCAAAUUGAUCCACCCCAGAAACAAUGUGGCCUACGGGGAGUUCAGAGCGAGCCGCAAGUCGCUCUCUGUCCUCCGCUUCAACCACCACCAGGGGAACUUCCUCUUCACGGGAUCAUAUGAUAACAAGAUAGUCAUGUGGGACAUCGGUGGAGUGGACGUUCAGUACAACUACAAAGUUGUUCAGCUGCUGAUGUUGGAGAUCAGUGCCACCCCUCUGCACAUCUGCCUCCCCCCGAAUUCCCCUAGCUCACACCUGCUGACGGCCUGUGAAGAUGGCCUGCACUGCUACAACACACAACUCGGCACUAACACCACCACAAAGAGUAGGUCGAAGGACAUGGAGAUAUCUUUCCCUAUAUAUAAGAAGGAAGACAAAGACCAUGACUACCAUACCAUCGAUGGCCUGAGUUUUCUAACAGAUGACAUCGUGGCCUCCAAAAACUACAUGCAUGGUUGCAUUUAUUUGUGGAGCUGGAGCCAGACCAAAGCUCAGAGGCCUGACAAGAAGAGUAGGGCAGUGUGUGCUGUGGUUCUGGCUGAGCUGCAGUGGACUAACACUGAAAUUCCUUACCUGGCUCUCAACACCUGUCCUGGCCAAGCCUACAUCGUGUGUGGUGAUGAUAAAGGCAGACUGUGGACAUAUCAUGUCACCAAACUGCAGAAAAACAGCCUCCAGAGUGGGAAACCCGUUCAGCCCACUGAGGUGUUGGAGUGGCCGACUCCUGUGAGGAAGGACCAUGGCCAGUUGGACGGCCCGUCCAUCAACAGCGUAGCAAUGGACCCUGAGCUCCAGUACCUGGUGGCCCUUAGUGACAAGAAUAUGGUGAUAGUGUGGAAGAGAGAGGAGUCGUCCUGAGAAACGUGAGCUGUGCGACUGCAAGUCAGUGUCAGUCAGUGAUUUUAUACCAGUUUUCUGAUUCAUUAGUUUUUUUUUUCCCCGGGGGGAAUUGAUGAGGAUUUACCAGAUCUUGGUAUUUGUGAAGUAAGAGAUCAACAGUGAAGUUUCAUCCAGUCUGAAAUUUUUUAAAAACUCUUUUCCUUCACAAGUUGAGGAAAGUGUCAUGCUGAUGCUGCAGUAAGAUCUGACAUAUUCAAAGAAUAUAUUCACUUUAUUCUUUACUUUUAUAUGAAAAUGUGUGGCAUUAAGAUGACACCUUUUUAUAUAGAUAGACGGGUAAACUUAAAGUUAGUGCUGUUGGGAAUAGCAGCAUAGCCGGCGGAAGAAGUUGUCACUAUGUGACUUUUUUUUUUUUGCUUUUAGUCAUGUAUCUGAUAAGAUAAAGCGCACAAUCAUGUUCAGUCCAAACAUAAGCCAUGUUAAUGACUAAAAAAAAGAAAUGUUUAAACAUUCAGAACACAUCCUUGCAUCUGUUUAAGGCAACAUAAUUACAGUAAUGCUGUAUUUUGACUCAGGUAGUUGAGCUAGCUUUAGAUCUUUUAUAGUCUGUUGUCCAGUUUUAUUUUUGUCUUUAGCAGAAUUUCAUGUCAGUUUUUUUCUUUGCCCUCAAGCAGUCAAAAAUACCUGUUUGUAAUUCAUCAGUUUUACAUUUUCAGUCAGUCUGACUCAAUGGCCCUAUGAAUAGGACUGUUUUGGUGCUGUAUUUUUCAUUUUAAAUGUUCAAAUUUCACGUGACCAAUUGUACAUGAAAGAGCCUUGUUUUAUGUUAUAACAGUUUUUGGACCUUGCUCAUUAUUGUUCUGGUAACGCUUCUCAAUAAUGCUGUGAUGACUGAGGAGGCAAAAGUAAGAAUGCAGCCUAGAAACUGAGGCUGAGAAACUACUGGCAGUAGUGUGUCGGUUCCUCCCUACUAUCUAAUUUUAUAGUAUUUGUACUGGAUCUGUGUUUCUGUUGCAGUCCAACAUGAUUUCUUAUGUCAUGAGGUUGCACAACUGUCUUGAUUCAAAUAAAACAAAUGACAGCA